AUGUCAAUAUCAGACAAGAAAUGUGCGGAAUACGCAAAUCCAGGCUUUGAUGGCGACGACGUUUACGUCAAACCUGAUUACAACACAAAAUCAAAUGAACACCAUUACGAAACUCUCCAAGGCCGUCCAAAUACAGACCCUCCACCAGACUACAAUCAUCCAUUCGUGCAGCCGAGUUUAGCUAAUAUUCCGCCAUACGGAGAUGCACCACCUUCCCAUCCUACGAAGAGUCGAUACAAAAUCAAGAAAACAAGAAUUCUAAUCGCCAUUGGUGUUGCAGUUGUAAUUGUAAUCACUGCCACUGUAUUGUUUGUGCUAAUUGGAAAAGAUAACGGUGACACAGAUCAACACCACGUAUCAACAUCGUACUCAACGACUCGGAAGCCCAACCAACAGAAAACAACCUCUUAUUCAAUGAGACCUACAAAAAUCACACAAGCUCCGGGGGCUGGAGUGCAAUCAUCGACAUCAGUUCCCAGUAGGUCUGAUUCUAUAUCAACAACUCAAUCCAGUAGCUCUAAAACAACAACUGCAACAGUGCAACCGCGUUCAACAACCAAACCACAACCACCUUCAACAUCCAAGGCAGUACAACAACCUUCAACAACACGACCUUCAGCAACCGUCACAACACAAUCACCUUCAACAACUGACACAGUACAACCACCGUCGACAACUAUCACGACACAACCACCUUCAACAACCGUCGUGACACAACCACCUUCGACAUCCAAGACAGUAAAACCACCUUCAACAACCGCCACGACACAACCACCUUCAACAACCAUCACGACACAACCACCUUCAACAACCGUCGCGACACAACCACCUUCAACAACCGUCGCGACACAUCCACCCUCGACAUCCAAGACAGUAAAACCACCAACAACCAUCACGACACAACCACCUUCAACAACCGUCGCGACACAACCACCUUCAACAACCGUCGCGACACAUCCAACCUCGACAUCCAAGACAGUAAAACCACCUUCAACAACCGCCACGACACAACCAUCUUUAACAUCGACAAUAACUUCUGAAAAAGCGCAACUUUCAACAACUGCGUCUCAAGGCAAUGACGUUACUUCAAGUCUUCAAACAACAACUCUGGGUGCUGCUGGUUCAGUGACAUAUGCGACGUGGAGCUCUUGGGGAACAUGGAAUGAUUGCUCUGUCACGUGUGGUGAGGGAAUCCGGACUCGCCAAAGAGUGUGCACGAAACAAAGCGUCAAUGACAUCAAUUGCGAUGGGUUGACUAAGAUUUCACGAGAAUGCGCUCCAGGAAAAUGUCCAGGUAGGAUUCAGUUUUAA